UACAUUUCCCGCGAACAAGCAUUCGACUAUUCGUUCCGGAAUGCCUAACACAAAGAUCACCCCCAUAUCGAGGGCCAUAUGUCCGCUAUGCAAAGAAGAAGUCACUGCUGGUGAAAGAUUCGAGCUGCACGUUACACAGUGCGCAAUGAAUCCCAAAAGACACACGUGCUAUGAGUGUGGAAAAGACUUUAAGGAACGGGUGUACCUUAAACGUCACGUGAAGCUAACGGGACAUACUCAAGCGCCUUCCGUGGAAAGUGCACAAACACCCAAAACACCCGGGGACGACACGGUGGCUAGCAACAGCAGUUGGGACAGCGACCCAGAGGUGGAAGUAGCAGGGGAGCCCUGCAUUGAUUUCAAUAUCGGUAGGGUUAUCAGAAAGCGAACGGUUCCAGAGCUGGUAAGGGCGCCGAAGAAACCGCGUAUUUCCACGGAGAGCCAGUCAUGCAGCACCUGGAUAGAAGAUCGCCCAGCUGCGGAAGCUGUCGCUUCGAAUGACGAUAGUACGACCAAGGACCUGCCAACGGUGGUUUGUACAGCCGUACAGACUGAUGAUCGUGGGAUGGAUGUUCAUCGAUGUAGUGUAUGUGACAUUACAUUUGGCAAUCAGGCAAUGUUGUUCGUACACAAGGGAUGCCAUUGUGUUGACAACCCCCUAUGAUGUAAUGUUUGUGGGCAAAAUGCAGGAUGAGAUGAACUUUUUCAUACACAUUACGAUGGGUCACACAGCCAAGUGAUUGUGUUUUUCAGUAGAGUGAUGAUUUUAGAACUGUUAGAGUUAGCUGUAUAGUUUAUUGUUACUGUUUCUUGUUCAUUGUUUCAUCAGGUCACGUUCAUGUUGUUUUGAUUGUUUUACUCAACAGGAUACUAGUCAUU